GUUGUUUCGGAAGAGCUUGCGCAUAGCUGAACGGUGGCAUGUGGAAUGCAGGCAGGUGGAAGUACGGACUGAAAUCUUCAGCAGCUGGAUCUACAGGUGCUUGCUUGUACCUUAUUCCAUUGGAGUUAAACAGUAACAUUUUUCUUCUUGGAUCUCAUAGCCAACAGCUACAGCACUACAACUGAAGAGCACUGCAAUCAUCUGGACUUCAUCUUUUUAUUCUUGGUUCUUUGUAUUUGUGGACCGUUCCAGUUAUAACUCUGACACGACAAAGAGGAACUUGUGAAGUCAGUGUUUGACAGGCCGUGGUUUUGCCUGGGUGGAGGAGCAGUUGUGUGGUCAUCUGUCCGAUUACAGACGGCCUGAUUCCUGAGAGGUGAUGGGGGGUGGCAGAGCCAUCACCGUGCACCUGCUCCGGCAUCUGGAGUGAAAGUGUCCCAGUGCAAACAUGGAAUUCCUCAAGAGCCUUGUUCCCACAGUCAUCUCCGGGGACGGCGGGCUGCAAGCGACAGACUCUGGGGGAGCGUGGCUGCGGGAGACCGGCCCUCGUUUAAUGAGGAUGAGACGUCUGGGGCUUCAAACUUUUGCACCGGCCAAUGAAGAGGAUCAAGAUGGAUACAGUUGGACCAGCCGACCGGGUGUCCGUCUUCAACGGCAUCGUGCCAAAGCCUCUGUCCCUGUAAGCAACAGCAGUGUGAUUAGGCGAGGAACAUCACCCUCUGCCCCCCCCAGCUGGGAGAAGUAUAGCAUCCAUCCCGCCACCAUGUCCAGCAUCACCAUUGACCCCGAGCUCAAGCCCGGGGAGUUUGUCAUCAAGAGCCUCUUUGCAGAGUUCGCUGUGCUCGCCGAGAAGAAGAUUGAGGUGGUCAUGGCCGAACCACUGGAAAAGCCCCUGUCCCGCUCGCUGCAAAGAGGUGAAGAUGCACAAUUUGAUCAGUUAAUAAGCUCUAUGAGCUCCAUAGCAGAACACUGUUUGCCUUCAUUGUUGCGAACGUUGUUUGACUGGUACAGAAGACAGAGUGGGACAGAGGACGAGUCAUACGAGUACAGACCUCGCUCCAGCACGAAGUCCAAAGGAGAUGAACAGCAUCGGGAUAAAGACUACCUGCUUGAGCGAAGGGACUUAGCCAUAGACUUCAUUUUUUGUUUAGUUUCAGUGGAAGUUUUAAAACAGAUUCCCCUUCAUCCUGUGCCAGACGCCUUAGUACAAGAAGUCCUUAACCUGGCAUUCAAGCACUUUAAACACAAAGAGGGGUACUCGGGCCCCAACACUGGUAAUGUGCACAUAAUCGCUGACCUGUAUGCUGAGGUCAUCGGAGUUCUUGCCCAAUCCAAGUUCCAACCGGUGCGUAAGAAGUUCAUCACAGAGCUGAAGGAACUGCGGCAGAAAGAGCAAAGUCCUCAUGUGGUGCAGAGCAUCAUCAGCCUCAUCAUGGGCAUGAAGUUCUUCAGAGUCAAAAUGUACCCCGUGGAAGACUUUGAGGCUUCUUUCCAGUUCAUGCAGGAAUGUGCUCAGUAUUUCCUAGAGGUGAAGGAUAAAGAUAUCAAACAUGCACUGGCUGGCCUGUUUGUUGAGAUCCUCAUCCCUGUAGCUGCUGCGGUGAAGAAUGAAGUGAAUGUGCCCUGCUUGAAGAACUUCGUGGAGAUGCUAUACCAGACGACCUUUGACCUCAGCUCAAGAAAGAAGCACUCACUGGCAUUGUAUCCCUUGGUAACGUGUCUGCUGUGUGUUAGUCAGAAGCAGUUCUUCCUCAAUAACUGGCACAUAUUCCUUCAGAACUGCCUUUCACACCUUAAGAUGCCGUCAAACAACAGCAUCCGUAAGCAGAUAGAGACCCUACAGAACAAAGACCCUAAAAUGUCUCGUGUAGCACUGGAGUCUCUGUACAGGCUGCUCUGGGUCUACAUCAUUAGGAUUAAGUGUGAGAGCAACACAACCACACAAAGUCGUCUCCUCAGUAUUGUAACAGCACUUUUCCCGAAGGGCUCUCGUAGUGUGGUGCCCAGGGACACGCCCCUCAACAUCUUCGUUAAGAUCAUUCAGUUUAUCGCUCAGGAAAGGCUGGACUUUGCCAUGAAAGAGAUCAUCUAUGACCUACUGUGUGUGGGCAAGUCCCACAAGACCUUCACCAUUAAUCCAGAGAGGAUGAAUAUUGGUCUGCGGGCCUUCCUGGUGAUAGCCGACAGCCUGCAACAGAAAGAUGGCGAGCCUCCCAUGCCCACUACAGGCGUUAUCUUACCCUCAGGCAACACACUGCGGGUCAAAAAGAUCUUCCUCAACACCACCCUCACAGACGAGGAAGCCAAGGUCAUCGGUAUGUCUCUGUAUUACCCUCAGGUCAGAAAGGCCCUGGAUAACAUACUCAGGCACUUAGAUAAAGAGGUGGGACGAUCCAUGAGCAUGACCAAUGUUCAGAUGUCCAAUAAAGAGCCAGAGGACAUGAUCACUGGGGAGCGUAAACCGAAGAUUGAUCUGUUCCGGACAUGUGUAGCUGCUGUUCCCAGACUGAUCCCAGAUGGCAUGAGCAGACAGGAUCUCAUCGAGCUACUGGCCAAACUGACCAUCCAUAUGGAUGAGGAGUUGCGUGGUCUGGCGUUUACCACUCUGCAGGCUCUGAUGGUGGAUUUCCCAGACUGGAGAGAGGAUGUGUUGUCUGGCUUUGUGUAUUUCAUUGUGAGGGAGGUGACUGAUGUUCACCCAACUCUACUGGACAAUGCUGUCAAGAUGCUACUGCAGCUUAUCAUACAGUGGCGGCAGGCUAUGCAGAGCAGCAACCGCAGCCAUGAUUCACAGGGUCCUUCUCUCCCUCUGGAGCGAUCUCCACUCUGGAUGGUUCUGCAUGUGGUAGAGGGUCUAGCUCUGGUCGUGCUGUGCAGCUGUCGACCUGCAACACGUAAACUAGCUGUCAAUGUCCUCAAAGAGGUCCGAUCACUGCACACGGCCCUCUGUAUUGCUAAGGGAGAUGAUGAGUUGGCUAUAGAUGUGAUGGAUAGAUUGAGUGCUUCAGUCCUCGAGAGCUUUAUCCACCUUACUGGGGCUGAUCAGACAAAUCUGCUGUACUGUCCGAGUGGAAUAGACCUUCAGACUCUGGCAGAGUGGAGCUCCUCUCCCAUCAGUCACCAGUUUGAUGUGGUAAGCCCCUCCCACAUCUGGGUGUUUGCCCAUGUAACACAAGGUCAGGACCCCUGGGUUAUCAGCCUGUCCAGUUACCUGCGACUAGAGAACCUGCCUAAGCACUGCCCCACUGCACUGAGCUACGCCUGGGUCUUUGCAUCCACCCGUCUGCAGUUGCUCUCCCCACAAGUUGACAUCAACAGCCCAAUCAAUGCUAAGAAAGUGAACAGCAUGAGCAGCAGCAGUGACUCUUAUGUGGGGCUUUGGAGGAACUACCUUAUUCUCUGCUGCAGUUCUGCCACCUCUUCCUCAUCCUCUUCAUCGGCCCCUGGCUCUGUCCGCUGCUCCCCGCCUGAUACACUGGCAUCCACUCCAGACAGCGGAUAUAGUUACGACUCUAAGAUCAUUAGCAUUCCGUCCCCUUCCUCCUUGUUCAAGCAUGUGGUUCCUAUGAUGCGCUCUGAGAGCAUGGACAUUACUGAAUCUCUUGUCCUGGGACUUGGCCGGACCAACCCCAUUGCUUUCAGAGAGCUGUUGGAGGAAUUAAACCCCAUUAUCAAAGAGGCGCUUGAGAGAAGGCCAGAGAACAUGAAACGACGCCGGCGUCGUGACGUUCUCAGAGUCCAGCUGGUCCGGAUUUUUGAGCUACUGGCCGAUUCUGGAGUCAUCAGUCAGAUUGCGAGUGGUGGCUUGGACGGAGAGUCCCAUUCUCUAAAUGGCACUCUGCUGGAGUAUGUGGAUCUGACCCGACAGCUUCUGGAGGCAGAGAACGACAAAGACUCAGACACACUGAAAGACAUCCGCUGUCACUUCAGUGCCCUGGUGGCCAACAUCAUACAGAAUGUACCAGUGCAUCAGAGGAGGAGUAUCUUCCCUCAGCAGUCUCUGAGACACAGUCUGUUCAUGCUCUUCAGUCAUUGGGCUGGACCCUUCAGCAUCAUGUUCACACCACUGGACAGAUACAGCGACCGCAACAUGCAGAUCAACAGACACCAGUACUGCGCACUUAAGGCCAUGUCUGCGGUGCUGUGUUGUGGACCGGUGGCUGAUAACGUCGGUUUGUCUUCUGAUGGAUAUCUGUACAAGUGGCUGGACAACAUCCUAGACUCUCAAGACCGUAAGGUGCAUCAAUUGGGCUGUGAGGCAGUGAUGUUGUUGUUGGAGCUGAAUCCCGAUCAGAACAAUCUGAUGUUCUGGGCUGUGGAUCGCUGCUACACUGGCUCACGCAGGGUCGCCGCAGGCUGCUUCAGAGCCAUCGCUAACGUCUUUCACAACAGGGAUUAUCAGUUUGACACUGUGGUUCUGCUGAAUCUCAUCCUGUUUAAGGCUGCAGACUCUUCCAGAGACAUCUAUGAGGUCGCCAUGCAGCUACUACAGAUACUGGAGCCAAAACUGUUCCGUUAUGCCCAUAAACUGGAGAUCCAGCGUGCUGAUGGGGUCUUGUCUCCAGCAUCCCCCCUCCCUCACCUGUACUCUGUGUCCUACUACCAGCUCAGUGAAGAACUGGCCCGGACUUACCCUGAACUCACCCUGCCCAUCUUCUCAGAGGUGAGUCAGAGAAUCCAGACAGCGCACCCUGGUGGCCGGCAGAUGAUGCUGCAUUACCUCCUGCCCUGGAUGAACAACGUGGAGCUGGUGGACUUCAAGCCUUCAGCACGCCAUCAGGAGGAGCUUUCAACCACAGAGGAUGAGGAGGAUGCCCAUGAGAGAGAGAUGAUGAUGGUGAACAGCCGGCGUUGGCUGAGAGGAGAGGGCUGGGGCUCACCACAUGCCACUACUAUGAUUCUCAAUAAUCUCAUGUUCAUAACUGCCAAGUAUGGAGAUGAGUUUGCAUGGUCAGAGAUCGAGAACGUUUGGACCACUUUAGCUGACAGCUGGCCCAAAAAUCUCAAGAUUAUCCUGCAUUUCCUCAUAAGCAUGUCUGGAGUCAAUAGUGACCCAAGUCUCCUGCCUUAUGUGAAGCGUGUAGUGGUGUAUUUGGGCAGGGAUAAGACGAUGCAGCUGCUGGAGGAGUUAAUGUAUGAGCUGGAGCUGACAGACCCUGUAUGCUCAGCUGUUACUCACAUGGAUAACCCACCCUACUACCGCAUCACUUCCUCUUACAAGAUCCCCUCUGUUACAUCAGGAACAACAUCCAGUAGUAACACUAUGGUCCCUGGACCUGAUGGACAACAUGACAGCAAACUCAAAGAUCCCAACAUGGAGGACAAUUACACUCAUUUGGACAUCUACAGUGGUCUGAACAAUAAUCUGAACAGACAGCACCAUCGACUGGAAUCUCGUUACAGCAGCAGCUCAGGUGGAUCCUACGAGGAGGAGAAAAGUGACUCGAUGCCAGUCUACGCUAAAUGGCGUCUGAAGGUGAUGGACCAUAACCGACCUGAGCCCCUCCCUUUUCCCCCCACUGGUGGCUGCUGGUCACCGCUGGUCGAUUAUCUGCCUGAGACCACCACACCUGGAGUCUCACUGCACAGGUGUAACAUUGCAGUGAUCUUGCUGACUGACCUCAUUGUAGACCAUGGGGUCAAAGUGGAAUGGAGUGCAUACCUUCACCUGCUUCUGCAUGCCAUCUUUUUAGGUUUUGAUCAUCAGCACCCAGAGGUCUAUGAGCACUGCAAGCGCUUACUGCUCCACCUGCUGGUCGUCCAGGGAACCAACAGCAGUGUCCAGUCACUGGCAUCUGUACUGCUGAGAAACCGUGAGCUGAACGAGCCCAGGGUUCUUACAGUGAAACCUGUUCUACAAGAGUUCAACCUCACAGGUGUCACAGAGCUGAUGUCAGACCACCAAUCAUCUCCAAUGACAGACUCUGGCUUGAGCUCCUGCUCCACAUCAUCUAGCAUCAGUCUGGGUGGCUCAGCGCUGCCUCACCUGCCCUCGACCCUCCUAAAUGUGGUGGACCUGUCUGCAGAACAGGAUGAGAAGGUUAAAAAUCUCAUCGAGUUCAUCAGCUCAAGAAAGCGGGGUCCAUUAUGGAACCAUGAAGACGUCUCUCCUAAAAACCCUAAUAUCAAGAGUGCUGAUCAGCUUAGUGUAUUCCUCCGUCAUGUUGUCAAUGUCUUCAAACAGACACCAUCAGGAGAUCAGUUGGAGCAGGAGUUAAGUGAAGUUGCUCUACAGACCGCUCUGUCCUGCUCAUCGCGGCACUAUGCCGGUCGCUCUUUCCAGAUAUUCAGAGCGCUGAAACAGCCCCUUGCAGCCUCCACCUUAUCAGAUGUGCUGUCUCGUCUGGUCGAGACUGUGGGAGAUCCAGGAGAGGAGGCUCAGGGUUUCGUUAUCGAGUUGCUUUUAACACUAGAGGCUGGGAUAGACACUCUGGCUGAAACGAUGAAGAAUUACGACCUGCUCACAGCACUCUCACAGGCCUCCCAUGACCCUCUGCAGGGCACCAAGUUUGCCAACAACAGGAAAAGUACUGGUCAGCUGAAUCUCAGGAGUGGAGUUUUCUUGCAUAUUAAUUGCAGCCAUGCUCGCAGCAACUCCCUCCGUGCCAGUCUCAUGGGUGAACGUUUGGGAGACCGGCGACGUAGCAAUACCCUCGAUGUGGCUGACCGCUUGGGCGGCAGCCACGGCAAUUUAGCCCGCACGCGGAGCUUAUCAUCAUUACGAGAGGGUUGUGUUUGUGGGGAUGGAGGAGGAGGAGGUAGUGGACCUGGAGGAGGACCCGGGUCUGGUGAGGGGGUGCCACCUUCCGACCCCACCAACCUGCUUGCAACAGUGUUCUGGAUCGCAACAUCACUGCUAGAGUCGGAUUAUGAGUUUGAAUACUUGUUGGCGCUCAGGCUGCUGAACCGGCUGCUGGCCCAGAUGCCCCUAGAGAAGGCCGACAGCAGGGAAAAGCUGGAGAGAGUGCAGGCCAAGUUGAAGUGGUACAACUUUCCCGGCCUGCUGACGCUCUUCCUGAAGGGCUUCACAUCAGCUGCAACACAGGAGCUUACUAUUCACCUCCUCAGUAAACUCAUCACUGUGUCCCGACAUGUACUUAUAGACCCCUCACAGCAAGCAGGUUUCCCUUUGAAUAUCCUGUGCCUGCUGCCGCACUUGGUCCAGCACUUUGAUAACCCCACUGCAUUCUGUAAGGAAACCGCCUACCGCAUUGCCAAGGUGUGUGCUGAGGAGAAGUCAGCCACGCUGGCCAACCUAGCACACAUGAUGAGCCUGUACUCAACGCACAGCUACUCGCGAGACAGCACCAAUUGGAUCAAUGUGGUGUGCCGCUAUUUGCACGACUCCUUCUCCGAAAUCACCUUUAACCUGGUUAUCUACCUAGCUGAGUUAUUGGAGAAGGGACUGAACAGCAUGCAGCAGUCUGUAUUGCAGAUCAUCUACAGUCUUCUGAGUCACAUUGAUCUGUCUGCUGCACCUGUCAAACAGUUCAACCUGGAAAUCAUGAAGAUCAUAGGCAAAUAUGUGCAAAGUCCAUACUGGAAGGAGGCCCAGAACAUUCUUAAACUGGUGGUGUCUCGCUCAGCGAGUUUGGUGGUUCCUGAUGAGGUGCAGCGCUCCUACAGCACAGAGUCGACCAGCUCGCCGGAGAUUGCAUUCACUCGCAUUUUCAACAAUUCAUCUAAAGAACUGCCGGGAAAAACGCUGGACUUCCACUUUGACAUCUCUGAGACACCUAUCAUAGGUCAUAAGUAUGGAGACCAACGCAGUGCAGCAGGACGUAAUGGCAAACCACAGGUCAUUGCUGUGACAAGAAGCACCUCCUCUACCUCCUCAGGGUCCAACUCAAACGGGCUGGUGCCGGUUAGCUGGAAGAGACCCCAACUCUCACAGAGGAGAACUCGGGAGAAACUGAUGAAUGUCCUGUCGCUGUGUGGCCCUGAGUCUGGCCUGCCAAAAAACCCUUCUGUGGUGUUUUCGUCAAAUGAGGAUUUGGAUGCAGUUGACCAGCAGACCAGCCUGAUCCCCACUGUAGAAGAAGUGACACAGGAGGAGGAAGCACAAGCAGAAGAUGCAGGAAGUGAGCAGCAGUUUGGUGUCUUCAAGGACUUUGACUUCCUGGAUGUUGAGUUGGAGGAUGCAGAGGGGGAGAGCAUGGACAAUUUCAACUGGGGUGUGCGGCGUCGCUCUCUGGACAGCAUUGACCAAGGUGACAUCCCUUUCCUACAGGAAUGCCAGUACUCUGGCAGCACGCCCAGCCUCAUCCAACCAGAGGACACCGAUGAGUCAUCUGAGGAGGAGGUACUGAGCGCUAGCCAGAUUCUCAUCCGCUCCAACCUCCUUAACAGUGAUUCUGCUACCGAUGACGCUAUAUCCAAUCACAUGGACUCUCUUCAGCAGUCCCAGGAGUCUUCCAGUAGUGUCCUCACUGAAGAGGCCACACCCACUUCUCCACUGAACCGCCCAGACAGUCCCACCCCUGAGACCGCUCAUUCUGACAGCAAUAGCAGCCAGCUGCCUGAGGAUGCCAGCGGAACUGCAGCGGAUGAGUUGAUCAGCAGUGUCAAUGAAGAUACGGGGUUUGGCAUUGCUCCUCUAUCCUCAGACCACCCCGAGUUGUGCAAUUUACCUGACUCCCAGGAUCCCACUGAUGAUUUGGAUUCUGCCCCAGCUGUGGACAGCCUGCCUGGGUCUCUCUUUGAGGAGUCAGUGUUGCCACCUCCCAUCAUAGAUUCAGCCCUGGGCUCAAUGUGCGAGGAUGACAUGGUUCUGCCCCUGCAUGCUCUGGACUCACCCCCUGGCUCAGUCUGUGAGGAGGACGUGACACUUGCUCUGAAAGAGCUAGAUGAGAGGUGUGAAGAAGAGGAGGCAGAGUUUUCCAGCAUGUCCAGUCAAGAUGAGGGUGAUGCAGAUGGAUUUCCUGAACUCCAGGCCUCGCCACCUCCUUCGCCCUUUCUCUCUGCUAUUUUGGCAGCAUUUCAGCCUGUAGCCUAUGCUGAUGAGGAGGAUGCUUGGCGUUGCCAUGUCAACCAGAUGUUGUCGGACUCAGAUGGGUCGUGUGCUGUGUAUACUUUCCACGUGUUCUCGCGACUAUUCCAGCACAUUCAGAGGAAAUUUGACUCGAUUACUCAUGCCUCUGUACGCUUCCUUGGGGAAGGGCUCCAACGAAUGGGAAACCAAUUUCUGAGCUCUCUAGAGGUCAUGACCUCCUGCUCCCAAUGCCCUACUGUUCUACUUGACGCUGAAACUCUGGUCUCAUGUGGGCUUUUGGAGACACUGAAGUUCAGUGUGUUGGAGUUACAGGAGCAUUUGGACACUUACAACUGCAAGAGAGAAGCAGCUGAACAGUGGUUGGAGAACUGCAGAAAGACCUUUGGUGAUAAAGACAGCAGCCAGCGACCCAACACUCAAGCCCAGCAAAUGGAAAUGCUAGCAGAGCUGGAGUUGUGUAGAAGGUUGUAUAAGCUCAAUUUUCAGCUUCUGCUGCUCUUUCAGGCCUACUGCAAACUCAUAAGCAGGGUGGACAAUAUCAAGAUAGCGGAAGAGGUGACUAACAUGUCAGAGGAAAUGGCCAUAUUAGAGAGCUGUCUGAAGGAGGCGGAGUCAGAAGGCGAUGGACAGGAGGGAGUGGUGGAGUUUGAGGUUGACCAGUCAAGCACAGAGACAGCCAUCCACUCGCUCAUUGAGAGUCUUAGAACACGUGACUUCAGCACAGCCGUUGCUCAAGUGAAAGCCUUCAGGUGCCUGUGGCCUAAUGACAUAUUUGGCAGUGAAAAGGAUGAUGCCGUACAGACACUGCUGCACAUUUACUUCAGGCACCAGACUCUGGGUCAGACAGGCUGUUUGGCCGUUGUGGGUCCCAGCAGGGAUCUUUCUCAGGCCAGCACGUGCCUCAUGGAGCUAAAUCUCCAGAUCCGUGAAGCUCUCUGCCAGGCUCAGACACACCAACACCAGACAUGCAUCCUCUCCCCGACCCCCACACCCCACAUCCAGACACAUAUUGACAUACAAAACACAGUUCUCAGCACUGAACUGUGAGAGGUUCAACAGAUCCAGACUCGGUCAGAGCAGGAGAGCAAACACUGAACUCUCUUAAUCGGCCCAGAAAGAGGUCGUGUGUGGGAAGGGUUUGGGAAUCCAUGUAGACUUCACCUCAAAGGGCUAAAGAAUGUGUGGACAUUAGUUACUUAAAAACUUGCGCACGUCCCCCUUUUGACCCUCCUUUAAAUCUCUUUAUUUCUCCGAAAUUGUUAAACUUCAAAUGUAGAGCUGCAAUUGUGUGAAAAAAUACCAAUGAUGGGAUUGGUCAUCAUUCGUAGGAGGGGCACUGGGCGAUAAUGAUGCUAAAUUUGGAGCUUUUUGGCGGAAUGACCUAUGACCUCUGGACGGUGUCCUUAGAAUGAUCGGUAUCCAUCUGCCCCACUAUGUACUGGGGUUAGGUGACCAGGAACAUUAUUGUUAUAAGUAAUAUAUUCAUGGUGUAGAACGGAUGCAUUGGCGAUACUUUGUCACGUUGUCCUCAUUGUCGAUCACAAAGAGACAAAGUUUUCAUAAGUGUGCUUGAAAGAGAAAAGCGACAAAUAUUUUUUUGAGAAAUUUAUUUUUUAACUGUCUUAGUUUGUAAAUGUUAGGGUAUUUAACGCAAUUGUAAGAUGGGGGGGAAUGUACCCUCUGUGUAAAGAGAGGUUUAUCUGUUUAAAUUUAUUGACCUGCUUUGGGACGAUCUUUCAGCUUUCAUGGGGUCGCUCUUACAAAACCCUUAAUCUAUAACCAAAUAAGUAGCUGCCUGUAGAAAACCAUAGACUCUUGUGUAAAUGUGCGAGAAGUGUGUGUGUGGGUGGGUGUGUUUGACAUGGACUGAUAUUUGCACACAUGAUCUCUCUCAAACAUGCACGUUAACAAAUUGAGAUGCACAGGUGAAGUGCAAACUGGCUGCAACUCAUGGAAAUAACAAUAACUUAUUUUACUCUGUGUAUAUUUUAGAAAAUGUAUAGUGUAAAAGCAGUAUUUUUCCCUUGUACAUUUGUGGAAUGCACUGUUCAAUCAGAGAGAGUAAAGACUAAUGCAAAAAAUAGUUGACUUUGUAUGUCACAGACUACCCUGUCCUUUAUAAUAAUAUGCCACCUUAAUCCUCUACAUUUCCCAAACAUAUGAGCUUGGCUGCGGUCAGAGGCCAAUCUUCUGUUCUUUCAACUCUUGAUGGUUUCUGUUUUGCUCAGCCGAGCUUUGCCAUAUGCAUUCCUUUGAAACCCACUGUGAUCUCCAUGUUGGCCAAUAGUCCCUUCACAGAGGCCACGCUCAAGCCCCUGGUGUGGGGAAACUGGGGCUUGUGUUUGUCCAGGUUAGCUCUGUCUUAACUCUAGACUCAGGGCUGCACUGAGGGUUUGUGGGCUCUGCGAUGCUUCGCUUGCUGAACUCCUAAGAGUGGUGGAGCAACGUUCAUUUGUUAUGGCACAUUGAAAAAUAAAAAUGUUCACUGUAUCCAUUCCUCUCGGAGAACUCAUCUGUUGGUACAUUUUGAAUGCUGUUCUUAAUUAUUUAAUGGAUAUAUUAUUUACCUGGAAGAAAAUACAUAGUUUUUAUCUAGAGGUGCAUUAUCCUUUUUUCUUCACACAUUUCUCUGGUAUGUCUUUGUCAUUGAUUUACCUGCUAUUCUCUGAACUGUUAAAUAAAAUGCUGAUUAU